AUGGGCGGGGAUGAAAAUGCUAAGGAACUCAUCAGCGCCCUCGUCUUUGGCGGGCUGGGAGGCUGGAUUGAGAAAGAUGCCGAUGGGGAAGAGGUGGAGGAACAUGAGCAGUCAGGAGCUCGAAUGUUUGUGGAGAAUUUUGUGAUUAGAGACGAUAGGGCUGGUGGGUGGUAUAUCCAGGGUCAGAGUUUUAGAUGGGUUCACUAG